GCGAGGCGCAAGGAAGCGUCACUCCUUUCUGAUAAAUAUAAUAGCAGAAAACAUCUGCUGAAACAUAUCAUUUGAUACUCGUAGUCUUCAGCAUAGCAGCUGUUAAUAUAUUUUAUAAUAAUAUAAAUAUAUUAUGUGAAAAUCUAAUGUGCGUAUCUGUCUACGGUACAUACCCCCAACAUGUUUCUUUUCAUACUGUCGUGCCUUCUUGCACUAUCGGCAGCGAGUGACCAGAACAUUACUCUCAGCGAAUCCUCGGCUAAUGGAGUCCCAACCUUCCCGCAGCUUACUUUGAAGUACGGAUGGAACUGUGAAGAAUACGAUGUAGUGACAGAAGAUGGAUACAUCCUCAAAGUGUUCCACAUCACUGGAAACGAGUCCAAGGAGCCCGUUCUGCUGAUGCACGCCAUGCUCGAUUCAGCCGACUCGUACGUGAUCAGAGGCGAGAUAUCUAUAGCCAUAAACCUGGCAGAAGCAGGCUAUGACGUGUGGGCGGGCAACGUCAGGGGGAACAAAUAUUCACGACGCAACGUAAACCUUUCGCCUGACAAGAAUAAGUACAAAUUCUGGGACUUCACUUUCCACGAAAUGGGCAUUUACGACCUGCCCGCUACAAUCGACUUCAUUUUGGCCAAAACAGGCAAGCAGAAGCUGUCCGCCAUUGCCCAUUCCCAGAGCACCACAAUGUACUACGCAUUGGGGUCUGUGAAACCUGAGUAUAAUGCAAAAAUAUCAGUGUUCAUCUCAUUGGCACCCGUAGCUUAUCUGAACGAAAUAAGUACCUCUUUGAGGGCGCUAAUAAAACUGUGGCCAAUAAUUAAUGGCUUUUUCAUAGGCUUGGGUUACGAAGAGGUCCUGCAGGACAAGUCGGCUGGGUAUGAAUUAAAUAAAUUCUUGUGUACUCUAGGAGAAAUAGGCUACGAUCUGUGCGUGAAGGGCCUCCUGGCCUCCCUGGCGGGAGACGACUCGGAGCAGUUGGAGCCAGAGUUCUGGGACGUCUUGGUGGAUCACUUCCCAGCUGGCACCUCACGGAAGGCUUUUUCGCACUUCGUCCAAAUCUCAAAUAGCGGUCGCUUUGCGCAGUACGAUUAUGGUACAUUAAAGAACAUGAUUUUGUAUAAGAAGGCAACUCCUCCUGCUUAUGAUUUAUGGAAAGUGACGAUGCCCACAGUCCUCCUGGCGGGAAAAAAUGACGGAUUUUCAGGGAUUAAAGACGUGGAGCGACUGAGGGACGAGCUCGGGAACGUGGUGCGCUACCACGUCAUGGAGCGCGAGAAGUUUAACCACGUUGAUUUCGUUUGGGGAAAAGACAUAGACGUUUAUAUGACCCCUCUUUUGAGGGAUUUGUUACGCGAAUUUGCCUGAGUAAAUAUUGGAAUAAAUAAAUCAAGUUAAAAAAUGAAAAAUUGACAAAUGUUUUAGUCGUUACAAAUUCUGAUGUGGCGGUGGUGAUCUCUCAUUACUUAGAUUUAGCUUAAAUAAAUGAAAAUAAAUAAAAUAAAAAGUUUUAUUUCGAACAACUUACAGUUCAUAUUGUGGUUAGUAAACAAAACACCUUAAGUUUAGCACAAUAUU